UCUUUGCGUUGUCUGACACUGAAAUAUUAAAUAUCAAGAAGCACAAAAGAUGACACAAAAAUUAUAGUUUUUCUUAAUGCUUUUUUUAAUGACAAACUAAAAGAUAAAACAGAAAUUAGUAUCCACCAUACAAGAGGACAAAAUCAGAAAGAAUAUAUUUUACUUUUUGGCAGUUGAAUUUAUGAGGAACAAAUUAAUGUCACCUUUUGCCCAAAAAAAUUUCUUUUUUGCUUUGUGAUAAGGCCUUUUUUAACUUCUAUCCUAUAAAUGAAAUGGAACUCAAGCAUAAGUUGCACCCACUUCUCUUUCCCUGGUUUCUAUCUUUCAUAGAAGCAUCAACCAAAUUCUCACAUUUUCUCAAGACCCUGAAAAUAUGAAGUGCCUUAUAACAGCUACAUUUCUUGUUCAUGCUUUUCUCAUAAUCCUUUAUGUACCAAUAACACAAUGCAGGGUCCAAACAAUGGAUGAAAAACUCAUAGAAGACGUAUGCAAACAGACACCCAAUUUUGAUCUUUGUGUCUCUUCUCUUCAUUCAGAUCCUAAAAGCUCCAGCGCAGACGUUCCUGAAUUGGCCCUCAUAAUGGCCAAUAUAAUAAACGUCAAGGCGACAAGUACUCUGAACCACAUCAAAGAUUUGCUCAAGGAAGGUUCAGGUGACAGGGAUGCAUUGGUUUCUUGCGGUCAAAACUACAUUGCCAUUUUAGAGAUUGAUCUCCCUCAAGCCAUUAAAGCUUUAAUCAAUGGUGCCUAUGAUAUUGCAGAAGACGGUUUCGCUGAUGCUGUACUUGAAGCUAAUUUUUGUGAAGAAGGUUUCUCAUCAGGGAGCUCUCCUCUGACGGAUACGAACAAAUAUAUAUGUGACGCGUCCGGUGUUGCUAGAGCCAUAGCGAGGUUACUGAUUUAAUGGAUGAUACAUCGAAAAAUCUAGCAUUUUUCGUUCAUCUUUACCUUGUGGUAGUGAUGUUUCCUUAAUAAUCAAUAAACAGUUUUAAUUUAUGACAUAAAACACUGCUGAUAUGGCUAUUGUUCUCUCUCUAUUCCUGUAUGUUAAAAGACUAGGCUAGGUUGAAAUGGCUUUCAACUUUGCAUCUAGUGAUUUGUUCUUGAUCUUA